CUUGGCAUGUAGUAUCGGUCGCUCGGUAUUGAGGGGUAGAUGUUGGGUAGAGGCGUAGAUCGACUGCUGAUGUUGGCCUGAGGAAGGUAUAAGAUGGUCGGUAUGCUCUGUACGGUGAGAUUGUAAAGUCAGUUGAGGAUCAGCAGCUUCAACACUUUGACAACUUUACUCUUCUUUAUCUCUACCCACCGCGGUUCAUCAAGCCCCUCAUCACUCAGGAUUGAAGCCAGAAUCCAAACAAGGCUCUGCUCAUAAUGGGAUCCACACAGAAGGGUUAUCAUCUUCCGGCGGAUGCCCCUCCGCUCGUAACCGACACUCUCACAGUAACCGGCUGCUCCCAAGGCAUAGGCCGCGCCCUAUGCACCCUUGUCCUCUCAAAGGGCCACCGUCUGGUUGCCACGGCUCGUAACCCUACCACGGGCCUCUCCUAUCUUCCUGAGUCUACACCUUCCUCGCAGCUCUUGAAGCUUCCUCUGGAUGUGACCUCCCGCUCCUCCAUCGACGCGGCCCUUGACGCCUCUAUAGCGCACUUUGGCCGUCUUGACGUGAUUGUCAACAAUGCUGGAAUGUUUAUCUACGGCAACACCGAAAACACGGACGAGGCCGACGGUCGGGCCGUAUUCGAGACGAAUUUCUGGGGUCCUAUGACCAUCACGCAGCGGGCGGUGGGGAUUAUGCGCGAUGUGAAUCCGAAGUCUCCGUCGUGUGAUGGCGCUCAGGGAGGCGUGAUUCUGAACGUUACGUCGUUUGGUGGGCGCGUAGCAGUUGCUGGGUCAGCGUUCUAUGAUGCCAGCAAGGUAGGACUGGAGGCGUUCACCGAGUGUAUGGCACAGGAAGUCAAGCCGGAGUGGAACAUUCAUCUGAGCUGUAUCCAGCCGGGAGGUGUCAGGACAGGCUUCAUUUCUGGAAGGAAGAGGAUUGAUGAGCAUCCUGCAUACAAAGGGUUUGAAGGGACCCUUCAAAUUGUGGAGAGGUACUUUGAUGAUCCGCAGACACCAGAGAGCUGGAAUACGCCGGAGAGCAUGGCGGAAGGUAUCUAUGAGACGGUUAGUUCUGAUAAAGAGAUCCCGAGGAGGGUGCCACUGGGACAUGAUGCCUGGACAGUUUUGAUGGCGGACCAUGAAAGGACUGGAAGGGAGUUGGAGGCGGGGAAGGACCUGCAAUGA